AUGGACGCUACGAAGGCUGCUCCGUCGGCUCAGACAGCUAGGGUUACAAGAAUUCUCGGUCGCACUGGCUCUCAGGGUCAAUGUACACAGGUUCGUGUCGAGCUUGUUGAAAACAAGCGAAGCAUUAUCCGCAAUGUGAAAGGUCCUGUUCGUGAAGGCGAUAUUCUAGUCCUUCUGGAAACAGAAAGAGAAGCUAGACGAUUGCGAUAA